AUGGCAGUUGGGUAUGUGGCUUCGCACUUAACAUUGGCAUUUGCUCGGCGCCAUAGCAGAACUUUGGGGAGUCUACUACGGUUUUGGGAGCAACGUGUCCCACGACUUAUAAUAGAGGUGGAUUCAGAGAUUGUGGUGAAGAUUCUCCACUCAGGGAUCAAUGAUUCCCACCCUCUAUCUUUCCUAGCACGUCUGUGCUAUGACUUUUUCUCUAGGGAUUGGAUAGUCCGAAUCAUGCACACAUACAGAGAGGCGAAUCGGGUCGCCGACGAGCUUGCGGAUUAUGCUUUCUCUCUAUCUCUUGGUUUUCAUUUAUUUACCUCGUCACCCACUGUAACUUCGGUGUUGUUGAUGGAGGACGCUAAUGGCUCUUCAGCUCGGUUUGUAAACUUGUAA